GGACCAUCUUUCCACCAUCAAUAGAAAAGAAACCAAGCAAUCCCACAGUAAACAAUUAUUAUGAUUUAUGAACAAUAUCUCUCUUCUUUCUUCACCAACCUUCUCACUCAAAAGUGCCACUUACUUUAGUACUUUAAGCUCAACUGUUUUGUUUUUUGGCUUGCUCAGUUCUUGUAAACUUCAAUCAUUUGUAGCAGAAAGUAACUAUUCUAUUACCAUUCUUUAAUCUCUGCAAAAUACAGUGCUUAGUCUUAGAAGAAGAAGUAUCCCUUCUUGUUUUUUUUACCACCAGUGUUUCUCAUUUCUCAUUGCUUCUCAUGUACUAUAUGUGGGUCUUUUCUUUGUGGUCUCGUUCUCUGGUUGUUUCUUUAAGCCAGAUCCAUGUGUUUCUUUUCGGUUGUCUCCUUCUGGAUGGGUGAGAACUUAGUAGAUCUUGAGAAUUGAUCUCGUUUAUUGAGGAGUGAAAUGGAGGUGCAAAUGGGUAUUUUGCUGGUGAGUAUAUGGGUAGCUGCUUGUGCUUUGUCAGUUCAUGGAUCUGCAGAACCUGCUUCCUCUCCUAAUCAAGCUCCUCACAGCUACAGUGAAAACAGAUAUGGAAAGCUGAGCACUUUACCCCCCAUCAAAGCUUUCCACAUUUCCUCUUCCAUAGAUCAUUCUCCAAAUGAAGCCUCACCCAACAUAAUUAAGCCCUCAAGUAUUGCACUUGCGCCUUCUAUAUCAUCAUAUCAAAGUCCUACAAAGAAGUGGAUGCAUGGUCCUGCAUAUUCAUCUUCAAUCUCAACUAACAGAAAUUUUCAUCAUCAUCAUGGAAGAAGUUACAAUCAAAUAGCUCCUUCGGUGCCUUCACUCCACUCUCCAUCUCCUUCAUCCAUGAGCUGGGGUUCUCUUGCGCCUACUUUAUCACCAAUUGCCCCAGAGAGCCACUCUAAUAUGCACAUCCAUCCUCCCGCAAUAUCUCCAUUGCAUUCUAACUUGAAGAAGAUGAAGGCUCCACAACCAUCACAAAUUUUGUCUCUGCCACCCCCACCUCCUAAUGGAGAUUGUCCAGCAGUAACAUGCACUGAGCCACUAACAUAUACUCCUCCUGGGACAUUUUGUGGAUGUGUGUGGCCAAUUCAAGUUACACUCCGCCUUGGUGUUGCCAUAUAUUCAUUCUUUACUUUGGUUACAGAGUUGGCUGAGGAAAUUGCAGCCAGUGUUGCACUAAGCCACAGUCAGGUUCACAUUAUGGGAGCCAAUGCAGCUAGUCAGCAGCUAGAAAAAAGCACUGUUCUCAUUAACCUAGUACCAAUGGGAGUAAAAUUUUCUGAUACUACUGCAUUAUCAAUCUACAAGAAGUUCUGGAAUAAACAGGUUCUCAUAAAGGCUUCCCUCUUCGGUACUUAUGAAGUAUUAUCAGUUCAUUAUCCAGGUCUUCCACCCUCUCCGCCUUCACCUUUGAGCAUUUCUACCAUAGAUGAUGAACCAUAUCCUCGUCAUGACAACAAUGAAAGGACAGAUAAACCUUUAGGUGCUGAUGUACCUAGAAGGAAAAAAGAUGCACUUGGUGGAAGCACAACAGCUAUAAUAAUUCUUUCCUCUUUCACUGCCUUGGUCAUAUGUAUUGCAGCCGCCUGGCUUUUCUUGUUGAAAUAUGGAAAUUGUGCUCAUCAACCUCAGCGAGUUUCACAACUUUCAGUGACCUCCCCUGCAAAGCCAUCAGGUACUUCUGGGCCUGAGAUUUUUGGAGGCAUUCCUAGUUCUUCAUCAAUGUCCUUCAGUUCUGGUGCCAUGGCACAUACAGGAUCUGCUAAGGUUUUCGCAUUGGAUGAGAUAGAGAAGGCCACUAGUAAGUUUGAUCCUUCAAGGAUCCUUGGAAAAGGUGGAUUUGGGGUUGUCUACAGUGGCCAGUUAGAUGAUGGAAGGAAGGUGGCUGUGAAGGUUUUGAAAAGAGAUGAUCAACAUGGCAACCGAGAGUUCUUGGCAGAAGUUGAAAUGCUUGACCGGUUACAUCACAGAAACCUAGUUAAAUUGAUUGGCAUUUGCACGGAGCACACCCGCUGCCUAGUCUAUGAACUUAUUCCAAAUGGAAGUGUUGAAUCACAUUUACAUGGAGUUGACAAGGAAAUUGAUCCACUAAACUGGGAUGCCCGAAUGAAGAUUGCCCUUGGUGCAGCUCGAGGCCUAGCCUAUCUGCAUGAAGACUCAAGCCCUCGGGUUAUACAUCGAGAUUUCAAGUCCAGUAACAUCUUGUUAGAGCAUGAUUUUACACCUAAGGUUUCAGAUUUUGGAUUGGCUCGAGAAGCAAUGGACGAGGAAAACAAACACAUCUCCACACAUGUUAUGGGGACUUUUGGUUACCUGGCUCCAGAGUAUGCAAUGACCGGACAUCUUCUUGUAAAGAGCGAUGUUUACAGCUAUGGUGUAGUCCUUCUUGAGCUCUUAACUGGACGAAAACCUGUAGACUUGUCACAACAACCAGGUCAAGAAAAUCUUGUUGCUUAUGCUCGUCCGCUCCUGACAAACAAGGAAGAUUUAGAAACAAUUAUCGAUCCAGCUAUAAAGUUUACUGUCUCCUUUGAUACCAUUGUCAAAGUGGCAGCAAUUGCAUCAAUGUGUGUGCAACCAGAAGUAUCUCACCGUCCUUUUAUGGGUGAAGUAGUUCAGGCCUUGAAGCUUGUUUGCAAUGAAUUUAAUGAAACAGAAGUGCAAAGAUCAAGAAGCCACAGCUAUGAGAAUCUUCUUAUUGAUGUAGAUAGCAUGAGCACAAGAGUUUCAGACAAGAUUAAGGAAGUUUCACAAUCCCAUCACCCACUGCCAUUAUCAGCAUCUGAUUUGUUUACAGAAUCAGUGGGACUUGAGGAGCAGGAAUUUGGGUCAUUCAGGAGGCACUCUAGCUCAGGGCCAAUGAGAACAGGAAGUAGAAGACAGUUCUGGCAGAGAUUGAGAAGUUUGUCUAGAGGCAGCAUGAGUGAGCAUGGAUUUUCACUAAAAUUAUGGCCAGGAACCAGAUAAAUUUUUUCAAACUAGGAAAAUUCCAUUGUAUUCAGAUUGAUGUAAGAUGCAGUCCCAAGAUUCUUGCAAACAUCUCCAGAAGAUUUCAAGAGAAUUUUCAAGAGUGAUUUUCACUGAUGACCAAAACCAGCUAUGAAAUUGAAUCUGGUUUGAUUUGGUAGCUAAAGGUGUAUAUAACUUUUCUAAACAAUUAAUACUAGAAAAGUUAACAAGUAUAAAUUAUUUAAACCAAAGCCACCUUUUUUUGUUCA